CAUACAGUAAUUGUAACAGUACAUUAUUGGAUCGUGUCACUCAGUUCUUACUGACGUUAUUCUACAACUACAUUAAAUAUCACUGCCAUAUUUCAGUUUAAAAGUAGAACGUGUUACAAGCGUGUUUACUGAUUUAUCAUCAGGCCUAAAAUGGACCAAUUAACACAAUUUGAUGCAGAAGCAACAACUCCAACCACUAUUCGCCGAACCAGAGGAGCACUUGCUGACUUAUCUCGACAGUUAGUUGCAGUAUCUCUGCUUACAACCCCCAACAACCAAAUGCCAAGCUCAAUGGAUACUCCUGCAUCAUCCCCUGAAGAAAUGGUUAUAAAAUUAAGGGGCCAAAAAAAUCCAGUUACUUGGAGCCCUUUUUCAGUCAAUGAAGUUAGAAAACUUUCUCACUACGAGAUUACACCCACUAAAGAUUUUACCCCUACACGUGUUAUGCUUGGACUUAGAAGUAGUCCCAGAAAAAGGCUUCAGUUGAAUGAAACUGGGGAGACAGCUCCUAUGUCACCACCUGAAAAAAUGAGAAAGACAUUGGUACUAAACAGAAAACCAAUUAAGUUGGAUGAUGACCCAGUACCAUUUGAUAUGGCCCUAAAGGGAUUAUCUCACUCCCAGCUAAUCAAUGUUAUUCAUAAUAUAGCAUUGAUGAAUGAAGAGGUCAAGCAAAAAUUAGAGUCUCUACUCCCAGAACCAGAUAUUCAGCCUAUGUUGGAUGAACUGUCCUAUUUGAGGAAGAAUAUAUUUAAAUCUUUACCUAAUUGUCGGCUAUCAUCGAAAACGGAUUCUGCUGCUUACAACAAAGCCGCGGUUCACCUUUCAGCGUUUAAGAAAUGCCUUUUAGAUGAUUGUAAACGAUUGGUAGAAAGUAAACAGUGGAAAACUGUUACGGAGUUUACACUGAAUGCUUGGAUGAUUGUACGAGCAACUCCUGUCUGGGAUAAUGCACAACACAAUUCUAUUCGCAAACAGUGUUUUAAAGCCCUUGCCACAAACUGUUUGAAAGCUUUGAAAAAUCAAGAGCGAGACAUAGAAUGGAGACACCAAUUGAAAGAACGGCUCGAGCGUCUACAAAGUGACAGUGACGACCUUGAAAUGUGCAUCGCGUAUCUAAAAACAUCUGAAGGAUGAUGCGAAUGAAAAUGUAAUUUUAGAAUUUCUGCGUUUCACAAGUUAAGUUUCUUUUAAACACUGCCUCCUUCUUUAUACCACUAUUUUAGCAGAAUAAUGACCAGUAAAUACAUAUUCGAUGAAUUUCA